UCAAAGGGAAGGGGCGGUGAUGCAUCUAUAUAAAGGGAGAGAAUGACCACACUACCAACACUUCCUCGCCAGAAGCCACAACGAACACAAUGAAGGUCCUCGCCGUGGUUUUGUGCCUCGCCGCCGCCGCCUCGGCCCGCAUGGCCUACCGCUUCCCAGACGGGUACCUGGACAUCCUUGGCGCCGAGCCCGUGCAAAACUUCGACUGCACAGGACGCUCCUACGGCUACUACGCUGACGUGGCCACGGACUGCCGCAUCUUCCACGUGUGCCUGCCCAUCACUGACGAGGAGGGUGCGGUGGCGGAGACUGCCCACUUCUCCUUCGUGUGCGGUAACCAGACAGUGUUCAGCCAGGAGUCCCUCACGUGUGUCCUGGCUGACGAGGCAGUGGCCUGCGCCGAGGCUGAGAGUCUCUUCGAGGUGUCCAAUGCUCAGUUCGGCAUCGUGGACGACGUGGAGGUGUAAGCAUGAUGACACACGCUCGUACAGUCGCGGCCACAAAUGCGUGGAUGAUAAACAAGCUGGACUUCCUCUGUAGCUCGUGCUCUCUCUUUCUCUUAUGUCUGGUCUGCUGACGGUUUAGUAAAGCCUGAUAACUUAUUGACUGUUAGCACAUUAGGGGAUCCAGGACUUAAGGAGAACCUGAUAAUAGUUAACUGUCAGUCGAUCAAAGAACUUAAUAGUGAGGGAGACGCGGGACACAGUGAAGCUUAAAUCGAUUCUGUUAAUGUUAAUGGUAAUCGACUUUUGUCCGUCACUGUACUGUUGCUCGACCGCUCCUCACUCGCUCACAGACAGACGCCGAACCCAACACCCAACGCUUCUUUAUAUAUUAUUUUUGAUCAUAAUAAACCUUUCAUAGCAA